GGCUCGGCUGCGGGGCCUGCUCGGCGGUGCGGAGCGCGACUGUGUCUCCCGCCGAGGCGGCAGUUGUCGCCGCUGCUGGGAGUCGGGGCGGCGGCGGCGGUUGGGAUGGCGGCACCGGCGGAGCUGUACCCACGGAACUCCAUCGAAGAUGACUUCAACUACGGCAGCAACGUGGCCUCGUCCAGCGUCCACAUCCGCAUGGCUUUUCUUCGGAAGGUCUAUGGCAUUCUCUCCAUCCAGGUUCUCUUGACCACACUCACAUCUGCAGUGUUUCUGUACUCUACUGAAGUGCAGGCGUUCAUUCGUGAAUGGCCUUUCUUGAUUUUGAUAUCUGGGAUUGGAGCUUUGCCUUUAAUGGUGGCACUGAUCUUCUGCAGACACCAGCAUCCUGUUAAUUUAUACCUGCUUUUUGGAUUUACCCUACUGGAAGCACUGACAGUUGGCAUUGCAGUGAGUUUCUAUGAUGCAUCCGUUGUCUUCCAAGCCUUUCUUCUUACUACUGCUGUAUUUCUUGGACUGACUGCUUAUACCUCGCAGUCAAAGAGAGACUUCAGCAGAUUUGGAGCAGGCCUCUUCACUUGUUUGUGGAUUUUGAUCCUCUCUUGUUUCUUGAGGCUGUUUUUCUACAACGACACAGUGGAGUUGGUGUUUGCUGCUGCCGGAGCUCUUCUGUUCUGUGGAUUUAUUAUUUAUGACACUCACUUGUUGAUGCACAAAUUGUCCCCUGAAGAGUACAUAGUUGCUGCAAUCAAUCUCUACUUGGACAUCGUGAACCUGUUCAUACACCUGCUGAAUUCAUUGCAGGCAUUGAAUAAAAAGUAGACAGAAGUGGUGUGUGAUUUGACUACAGCUUAUAUAAUAAGCAUUGGGGUGGUCUGCAGACUCUGUAGUUCUGUCUUCUAGAGACUGAUCAGUAUUCUGGGAAUAUUGAUCCUCCUUAGGGAAAAAAAAAGGCUUUCUUCUGCAGAUAAGUUCUUCUCUAGAAUACAUGUUAUGUAGUUAACAUGCAGUUGUCACUUCAGACACUUUUUUUAAUCACUUAAUUUGCACUUGACAUAAUUCACAGUAAAAAUAUUUGCCAACAUCUCAUGGUUCCAGGGUAAGCCUCUCUCUGCUAUUCUACAGCUGCUGGAAAUGUUUCCUGUGGGAUUCUAGGUGUAGCAUGUAAGAGUAGCCUGAGUUUAUCAUUGUGCAAUGAUUUGCUGAGCUAAAUUAUUUUUUUCCUAGUUUUUGUUUGGGGAAAUGGAAUGUUGGUGAAUGUCACAGAGAUGUUCCUAUCUUGCUGAAGGGAAUGUUAAGUGUUAUUUAUUGCCUGUCUUUCAGUGUUUUGAAAGAUCAGUUGGAGAUGGACUCUGGCAUUUUAUCAACUUGUGUAUAUUAAGCUUAAUCGUCAAUAAAAAUGGGAAAAGCUUU